ACCGUAAAUGUUAUUUAUGAAUGCCUGCCGCUCACGGGCGUGUGCGCGCUCACUCUUUAUUAUUAUGAUUUAAUCAUCGCAGCACAGUGGACCCUGAUUUCAGACAAGGUUCGGUCCCGUCCAGGACCCUGCAGAGUCCGUAGUUAGCGCUUCGAUCUAGAUUUAAUUGAUUGUGGAGGUUCGGAGCUGACAGCGGCAGCGGCAGGCGGAGCGGUGCGUUUUGCUCUUUAAUAACACUGGGUCAAUACACCGCGCUCCGCCGCUGUCUGCCGGCCCGCCGCAUCACCGGAGCUGCUCACCGCCGCACCCGGAGGAGCUGUCCGACAAGGUGCGUUGCCGGGGGCAACAGCUGACUGAUGAUGUCCUUGUGAGAGUGGGCGGGGCUACCUGGCCCUGAGGUGGUAAGGAGGAGGAGGAGUCUCAACCCUCAGCCCCUCCCCCUUUCCCUCCUGAGACUGACCAAACAGACGGACACACAAACAGGCGUGGCUCUCCCCUUCAUCCUCCUCCUCCUCCUCUUCCUUCUCUCUCUCCUCCCCUCUCCUCCCCAUCCUCCACCCCUCCCCCUCCUCCUUCUCUCCCUGUCUCCCCCCCCCCUCUCUCACCUGUCUCCCCCCUCGUCCCCUGCCACCAUGCUGUGGUCACGCUGCUGGUGGAGAGCUUGAGGAAGCAGACUCUGGAAGGCGACCCUGCUCAGCCAGGGGACUGUUACCUGUCCCUGCUGGACCCGAAAACCCUCCCAGAGUGCUGGCCGCCAGAUGGCUUGAUGCCUGAGAGCAGCUACUGGCAGCUCUGCCCUCCCUCUAAGUCUGGCCUGCAGGGGGGGUUACUGAGCUCUAGUUUCCCCCCCGGCCCCCUCCCUCUGGUGCCCCCUGAUGCUCACCUGCAGGAGGGGAGCGACCCCCUGGAUGGCCCCUCUCAGCCGCAGCAGCAUCGGCCCCUGGCCCCCAGCACCUCUGCCUCCGAGCUGUCCCUCCCCGGGGCCCCGGUGGCCCCUCCUGGCCCCGGGCCCCCUCCCCCUCCUCCCCCUCCCCCCAAACGUCACUGCCGCUCGCUGUCGGUGCCCGAGGACCUGUCACGCUGCCGCUACACCUGGAGGCCCAGUGCGUCCAGGGUAUGGACUCCCGUCAGCCGCCAGCAGUGCCAUGGGGGCGCAGGGGGAGGGGUCACAGCUGGAGUUGUUGGGGUGGGAGGAGGGGGUAUAGGGGCGGGUGCAUCCGGGGGCGGAGCCUGUCCUCUUAGGGCUCCUAGCUCGUCUCUGAACUCCUCGCUGCACUCGUCGUCCAGCCCGACUUUCUUCAGCCUGGCGCUGUCCCCAGACUCCCCGCUGCCCUGGACCUUUCCCUGGGAUCCCAGCGAGGCGGCGGCAGGGGGAGGAGCCUGCUGCUGCUUCUUCCCCUCCCCCUCAUCCUGCUCUUCCUCACCCUCUCCCCUCCACCCUCCUCCCCCUCCUCAGAGGCGUUUCUCCCUCUCCCCUGUACUCAUAAGAGACUCAGCGGCAUCCACCUUCCUCCCCCCGCCUCGUGUUCCGAGCCAUGCGAUGGCUCCACCUCCACAAGGCUGCGCCACCAUGGUGGGAGCAGCCAGAGGGGGCCCGGUGCCAGCCUCCCCCUCCUCGGCCUGCAGCACGCCGUCGUCUCUGCGCCGCAGUCUGCCCCCUCAGCUGCCCCGCUGCCACUCGCAGCCCUGUGACCUUCUGCUGCUCAAACCGGGUCUGAAGAGACGCCGAGACCCUGACAGACCCUGUGCCCGGCCUGUCCUGGACUUCACCAAAAUGACCCAGACGCGCAGCAUCGACCCUCAGUUACUGGAGCGUGGUGGUGGCAGGCUGGCCUGCGGCGGGGACGUCUGUAUGGGCAUGGAGUCCUUCAUGGGAGACUUCCGGCGCUCAUGCUCGCCAGCCGAGUGUCUGGGCAGGUCCAGCAUCGGCCCGCUGAGCGAGAGCGACGAGGAGUGCCGCGAGGAUGAUGACGAUGACGAGGACGACGGGGAGGAGGAGGUAGAGGAGCGCGAGGCGGCGCAGCAGGCCGUGUUCGAGAGGGAUUGUACAGAACUGGACCUGAACUUAAUCGAAGAAAACUGACACGUUUGUAAAUGGAAGGCUGUUCUCUGUUCAGUUUAUCAUUGAGUUUUAUUUUGAAAGGAUCCCCCUCUUCCUGGACCACUGUCUCCACACUCUCCACCUCCUUGCCCCCAAUCAGCAAGGCUCUCAGGAACAACACCUUCUCUCAUUGGAUGAGCUGAACGAAGCUGAUUGACGACAGUGAUGAUGUGACUGCCGGCGCAACGCAUCCUCGCACUGAGGAUCUGAGGAAGCGGCACGCUCCGGGUCCAGGUCCAGGUCUGAACCUGUUAGCUUCACACUAAUACUCAAACAAGCAGCUGAUCAGGUCCCUCAGGCCGCUCUGUGACUCCGGCUGUGCAGGUGCUUCUUGUUUCCCAGGUGUCUCCACACACAACUGGGUCUAUGGCUGACGCUGCACCACGGCACCGCCCUGAUACAUACACAUACACACACACACACACACACACACACACACACUCCAGAGCUCUGAUUUUAAACGGCUUGUUAAAGGGUCAGCAGGGUCGGCAUUUAAAGGGUCACUUCACCAGUUUAGCUGAAAGUGAGCAGAUUUCAGGGCCGCCCUUUAACUGAACACAGAUUAUAUUUAACGCUCAGAGUCCACUCACAUUUGGAUCACUGAGCAUCGUCAAACAUAUGUACUGUCUCUUUAAAUAUCAGGUGAGGUCGACACCUCAGGUGUGUUCACAGAAAUAAUCUCGGUCAGUUAUUCUCUGAAGUCUCACACUGAACAAAGACGCUCCAGCUAAAGAGACUCCUCACCUGUUUGAUCCGUUGAGAUAAAAAGUAAAGUAAUAAUGUGUUUGAAAAACAGCCUCUAAACCCGGGCUUGUGUCGGCUGAUUGAGAUCAGAUCAAACGGAUGAACGUCUGGGUUUCAUUUGGUCCUUUUAUCGAUCUAGGGGUUAAAUGUGUUCGUCCUGGUACAGAGUUUCAGACUCAUGGACAGUUAAUUUUCAUUGAAUUUGACACCCUGAAACCAGCGAGGAGAAAGUGUGGAUGGUGACUCUCCUCUCUGACACGCUUUGUGUUCCAUUUGUCUCAGAUGAAGUGGCCCUCUGAGUCAGUCCUUCCUGAAAGAUGAACCCAAGGAGAGAUAUAGGAGUCUUCAGGGUUUGACUUGAUCUAUUAAUCCUGAGUUUAAUAAUAAUCAAUAGUCAGCUGAUUACAACGACAGCAGCUCAAACACAGAUUAUAAACUAACUCAACUUUAUCUGUAACCCUGAUUAACUCAGAGUCUGGUGUACAAACGUGUGUGUGUAUGUGUGUAUGUGUGUAUGUGUAUGUGUGUCACAAUCAUGUGACCUUGGUGUUGUGAUGCGUUCAGGUUCUCUGCUGUCGUGCGGCGUUGUCCUGCCAGACUUCACUGAGGGCAGGUAGUCACUGAUGCUGUCAUUCACCUAUGUGUUCAAACAUUCCCGUCACACUCCUGCUCAUUCAUUCACCUGUGUGUGUGUGUGUGUGUGUGUGUGUGUGUGUGUGUGUGUGUGUGUGUGUGUGUGUGUGUGUGUGUGUGUGUGUGUGUGUGUGUGUGUGUGUGUGUGUGUGUGUGUGUGUGUGUGUGUGUGUGUGUGUGUGUGUGCGACCUGUGUCCAGACUGAAUCCAGAUCGAGUCAGUCUGAAGAGUCGAAAGGGAAAAUUAGCGGCAUCUGCGUGGCGUCUUUAAACCACCACAGAAGAAGAAGAGGUCAUAUAAACAGUGUCCCUCUGCACAGGUCAUCACACUGGUGUCAUUGUUUACACUUCAGUGAGAGGUGAGCUUGAUCCUGUCCUAAUGUUUAUCAGUAUUGAGGUACUGUUCACACAAACCGAAGUGAAGAAAUUAGCAAUUUCAAAGUGCUAACACGUCAACAAACUGAAACAUGAAGUACCAUCAGCACUUCUUUGGUUUAAAAAAAGAUUAAAACGAUAAAGAGUCCUCAGUGACCAGUUAACUACUUCACACUGAUCACUUUACCCUUCAUGCUGUUCGCAGCAGUUUAUCAGUAUAAACAUUACAUCACAGCACCAGACUACAAUCCUCUCAAAACACAGACAGGAAAUAGACAGGACUAUGAGGUCUGACCAGACCAAAACCUCUGAGGGUAAAAAAUGAAGCCAGCAUCUGAAAGCUUAAACCUGCGGUUCCCCUCAUGUCCACUAGAGUGUGUCUCCUGCAGUGAGUCAGUCCCCAUAAAGCCCUAUGUUAAAAUGGAACAGCAGAAAUAAACAUGUUUACACCCAGUUACAAAAACAGUUUGGGCUUCAAGGAGUGAGUUUUAUGACUAUUUGUUUUGAAGACGUUGAGGUUAUGAGUUUUGCAUAAUAAGGGCGUGGCUGACUUGACAGACAGGCAGGCGCAUUGUAGCUGUUAGCCGGGACGCUAAAGAUGCCCUUUUUGCCUCUUUACAUCGACUAUAAUUUAGCUUGAGUCAGCAUUUCCAACACUGGGGCGCUUGUUUUGCUCUUUGCUAAAGCGUGUUCAGAGGCUGCAGUCCGUGUCACAGCGGUUGCCGUUUUUUCUCUUGAGUUGUCCGUUCUAGUAACAGUGAAUUCCCCCCACCCCAGAAAGUCCAAAGCUCUUCCAAUAUGGCGGCUGCCACCGUUUAGCUUUGUACCCUGCUUCAGAAACCGGUGAUGUCACAGGCACUACAGCCAUGAUUUAUACACUCAGCACUUCAGACACAUUCAUGUUUAUGAGAAGUGUUUCAGUUUGGAUUCAGUCUGCACCCUGAAGGUGCACCGAGCCGCCAGGAGUGAAUGUGUUGUUUGGAGAGUGAUGCUCAUAGGUCAUGUUUUUUUUUUUUUUUAAACACUAAAAGCUCAAAAUCUGCACAUAGAGCGCUUCACACUUUCACUCAGCGUCACUGCUGCAUGAAGGACCGUGCAGCUUGUUCUGAUGUUCACUAAGAAUCAUACCUCACAUUCCUGCUGGUAGUUUCAAUCCUCAAAUCAGCUUUGGGUUGGUUUACGUCUCUCUAAGCGGCCAUUGUAUCUCCCAUCGUUUCUAUUAAACCUGGAGUGGAAUCAUCCAUCACAGCCAGCUAUUGGACGGUUUUAUUAGUUAGAAAUGUUAUGUUCUUGUCAUGUGGCGAUGUAUAAAAAAAAAACCCAUACUGUCAGCCAUUUCUUUAGCUAUGUGUUCAAGGGUAAUCUGUCAUCCAGGAGUCAGUGGUCAGAUGCUGAAAAGCACCGAAAAGCGACAAUAGAGAAAACAAAACAACCAGACAAUCAACGGAGUUCACAAAGUCAUGAAAUCAAAGCCUGCUCGGCAGACCAUUGUCAGAUCUCAGAUUUCCAAUUGUCCUUGAAUGCACCAUUAUCAAAAGUUUUUAACAAAAACUAAAAACAACGUUGGCUAUGAUGGAUUAUUGUCACUGCGUUUUGGAAACUUUACAGGAUUUAUUUAUUUGAACAUAGUGACAGUUUAUUAAUCUUCGUUAAUCAGAGGUGUGUGUGUGUGUGUGUGUGUGUGUGUGUGUGUGUGUGUGUGUGUGUGUGUGUGUGUCUGUGUCUGUGUCUGUGUGUGUGUGUGUUCAUUCAUCUCUGUAGGAUUGGAACACCUGUUAAUUUUCAACUGAUAUCAACCUGCUGGUGGUUUAGAUGUAGCUCUCACAGGACAGUUAAACAUUUGUCUGAAGAAACUGGAGUCAGGAUGUUGUAAGCAUAGCUUAGCAUAGAGGCUGUAUGCCAGACAAGUGUGUAACAAAACUUGAUGUUCAAAAUGUGAUUACAAGGAGCCUAAAAACAUCAAUUUAGCUCAAUUGAUGUAGCCCUUUCUUUUUAGUAACAUUUUAAUUUCUACAAAAAUGUUAUGUUACAUUAACAGAGAUUACUUAUGUAUAUGUAUCAGAUGGGACUCAAACGCUAGCUCUAAAGCUAACCACGUUUAGAUAUUUCCCAAAUUAGCCUAAGAUGUAAGCAAUACUACGUACAAGGCUACUACUGUCUGUGUGCGUCAUGCUAACAACACCUAGCUGAUUAAAGUAUGUGAUUCAACAUGAUCUAUGAUUUGCGGUUAAAGAUGUAGGGUAGCUGAAGCUGUGUUUUGUGUUUUCAGGUUUAGUGUUACUCAAAAAGUGGUAACUACAGGCUCACAAGUUGUCUGUUCUAACUUCUCUUAAAGGUUUGAGAUUUGUACACUUCAAGCUAAUGUUUGCAUGCUAACAUGACUGAAUAAUAUAGUCAGCAUGAAAACUUUAACCCAAGUUGACCGCAUAGUCAUUUUAGUAUUUAGCCCAAAUCAGUGCAGUCCAUGCUAAACAAACAAGGUUGCACGUAUUUUGGGGCUUAGGGGAUUUAUUUUCUCCUGCUGCAUGUCUUUAUGCUAUGCUAAGCUAACAGCAUCCUGAUCCCAGUUCUGUACUCAACACACGGUCACGACACACUCCGACGAAAGAUAAUUACACUACUUUUUUGAAAUGUUGAACUUUUCUCCGAACUUAAGGCUGAAGCUAAUUUGUUAGCUUCAUGUGCUACUGGUUAGAAUUUUUAACUUGAAGCACCAAAGUCGAAAAAUGAUUUAAGAGUUGGUUUGUUUAAUUGUGCUGAAUGAUUGAAAUUUAGAAUCUUUUGUUCAAAAUUACAAUUAUUACAUCCAGAGAGUGUGCCUGAUACAGACAUGUAUACACACAGUAUCCUCAUAACUCUGAUUUCAUACACACACAGACCCUGUAAAACACAUACAGUGUCCCCAUGUCCCCAUUACACACAUACUCACACGGUCCACACAAUACAGACUUACUCACCCUCUCUGUUACACAUUGAUACAUGCAAAAUCCCUGUAUUAUACAAAAACACUGUCCUCACAUCACCCUUAUUUAUACAGAUAGUGUCCCUGUAUUGCACAUAAACAAACACACAGUUCCUGUUUCACAUCAGUAAGAAUGUGGUCCUUGUAAAACACACACACACUAAAACACACAUUGUCCCUGUAAUAAACAUUAAGUUACAGAUAGUGUUCCUGUAUUACACAUAGACAAACACAAUGUCUCUGUGUCACACUAUUUCAUAUUGUGUCCCUGUUUUACACAUAAACAAACACAGUGUCCAUGUUUGUUUCUCUCUCACACACACACACACACACAAACACACACCUUUCUGUCCCCCCUCCUGGUUUGUUUGGUUUGUUCGCUUCAUAACACCCAACAUAAGCCUUAACUGAACAUAUUCUAUUAUUCUGUAAAUCAAGACGUUAAAAGAAAAAAAGGAAAAGACAAAACUAACGGAGAAGAAAAGGAAAUGUGUACUGUAGCUGUUAAAUUUUUAGUCCCUCUGUUAAUUAUUUUCUGCUGUUUUCUUAAUAUUUCUAAUCUGAUGUCUGAGCGUGACGAGGUGUCGGCCAUGAACACACCGUGUUUAAAAAAAAUAAAACAAGCUCGAGGAUGGUGGACGAGCAGUUGUGUACAAAGUUAGCGCAGAGACUCGGACAUCUCUUGUCUUUUAGAAAUGUUUUUUAUUGUAUGUGAUUAAAAAAGAACAAUGACAACAUGGCAAUUUGAAAAGCAGUUUGUGAAUAAAUUAAGUUUAUUGAGAAUUAUUUUACAAAGAAAGAGAAAAAA